AUGGUCUUCCUGCCGCCAGCCCGUCUCCCGCAGUUGCCCGACCUCCCCGACACGGUCACCGUGGACAAGUUUAUCAACACGGAAAGCCACGGUCGCCGACCUUUCUCCUCCUCCCGCGCUCCCUACACCUGCGGCCUCACCGGCGCCUCGCACGACGCAUCCCAUGUUGCGUCCCGCGUCGACCAUCUCGCCCGGGCCAUUGGCAAGCGCCUGGGCCUGAGCCCCAACGAGGGCACCGCCUGGGAUCGCGUUGUCUGCUUGUACUCGCUCAACACGAUCGACUACAUCCCCCUCACGCACGCCAUCCACCGCCUCUCCGGCGUCGUCACCCCCGCGAGCGCCGCCUACUCGUCCCAGGAACUCCAGCACCAGCUGCACUCCUCGGGUGCCAAGGCUCUCUUCACAUGCCUCCCCCUGCUCGAAAACGCGCUCCCGGCCGCCGAGGGCGCCGGCAUACCCCGUGACCGCAUCUUCCUUCUGCCCGUGCCCGAGGUCCCAAACAAGGGCUCCUUCGUCACGGUGGACGACCUCGUGGCCGAGGGCAGACACCUUCCCCGAGUUGCUCCCCUGCACUGGACAAAGGGCCAGGGCGCGAGGCAGCCGGCUUACCUUUGCUACUCCAGCGGAACCUCGGGCUUGCCUAAAGCGGUCAUGAUCUCGCACCGAAACGUCAUCGCCAACGUCGUCCAGAUCUGCACCUCGGACUCUGUCUCGCGCGACGAGCUCGGCAUCGCCACCCAGACGACCCUCGGCGUCUUGCCCUUCAGCCACAUCUACGGCCUCGUCCUCGUCGGUCUCGUCGGACAGUACCGCGGCGACCAGAUCGUCGUCCUGCCCAAGUUCGACCUCACGGCCGUCCUGGCGGCCGUGCAACGGUUCCGGAUCGAGCAGCUCAGCGUCGUGCCCCCCAUUCUCAUCCAGAUCAUCACCAACAAGCACAUCAGCGCGGCCUACGACCUGAGCAGCGUACGCUGGGUGUUUAGCGGCGCCGCACCGCUCGGGGCCGAGGUCAUCGAUGACUUGCUCAAGCUUUACCCCGCCUGGCGUCUCGGCCAAGGCUACGGCAACUUGGAAACGGACACUCUUUUCGGCUCGUCCGGGUCGCUCAUCCCCGGCACCAUCGCCAAGAUCAUCGACGCCGACGGCAGGGAGGUGACGGAGCUCGAGACCCGCGGCGAGCUCGUCGUCCAGUCCCCCUCCGUUGUCCUGGGGUACCUCAACAACGAGAGGGCCAAUGCGGAGACGUUCAUCUGGGACGAAGACGGCCGCUGGCUCAGGACGGGCGACGAGGUCCUCGUCCGCAAGUCGCCGCAGGGCCAUGAGCACUUUGUCGUCACGGACCGGAUCAAGGAGCUCAUCAAAGUCAAGGGCCACCAAGUCGCGCCCGCCGAGCUCGAGGCCCACCUGCUUGCCCACCCCUUCGUCUCCGAUUGCACCGUCAUUCCUGUGCAAGACGACCGGGCCGGUGAGGUGCCCAAGGCCUUCAUUGUCAAGGCAAAGGAUGCGAGCGACAAGCCUGACGAUCACGUCGCCGCCGCCGUGUGCAAGCAUGUUGAAGACCACAAGUCACGCCACAAGUGGCUCAAAGGAGGUGUUGAGUUUAUCGAUGCCGUGCCAAAGAGUCCGAGCGGCAAGAUCCUCCGCCGGCUGUUGAGGGACAAGGAAGCCCAGGCAAGGAAACAGAAGGGCCCUAAGCUAUAG